AUGUCGGCCGGGUGCGGUGUCCAGGAAGAAGCCGACGAAAGUCGCCGAUUAUUAAACUGUCAAAGCUGUUGCUGGGUGAGCGGCGAACGCGCGCUCCUGCUAGGUUUACAACCAAGUCCCGUCAGCCCUCCCGACCAUCCGUUUUUAACCCCGGCCGAUCACGUUCCUCGUAUGAGCCCUCUUACUUCACUUCUCGUUCUUCAUCUUGCUGUCAGCAACUUCCAUACUGUGUUGGGUUGGGUGGGCGCAGAGAUGAUGUGGUUGAUCGUGUGCUGGGGUCUCAUGGCACUGUUAUGCUAUUUGGCACUGAAUCACCUCGGCACUCGUCCUGCUGAUGAUGCCACAAAAACCACCGUGCACUCAGCAGAAACGACGUCGCCAACCCGAUACGAUGCCUCAAACAGCGAAUGGACGAACGAAGUGUUAGCAUGGGUUUACAACAAUUUUUUAAAAGUACCCGGACCUUUGGAAGCAUGGAUAAAGUCGCUUAAUGACGCCGCCAAGAAAGUGAAUCGACCGACUGAAUGCGAAGUAAUAUUUGAUGGAUUUGGAAAUCAUAUGCAUGUGAAAAAACCUCCCAGGCUCAGUCACAUCCGAGUUGAGCACGGACCACGUGAACAUUUGACCCUUCGGACAAACAUUCACCUUCCAUGCGUUUGCCUUAGAGUCGUUUCAUCUCAGCGAACGCCUGAGAGGCUUUUGGUCAGCAACUUCGACGCAAAUAUCGUCGAUCUGCGUGGAGAGGUGGAAUGCCGUUUUGCAUGCAUAGCCAAUCAACUUUUUCUAAUGGGAUGCUUCAAUGGAAGGCCGGAAAUGGAUAUAGAAUUAACAAACACAGAUUCUAAUGCCCAAACACAAGUCUCCCUCGGACUAGUCGAGGAAAAAAUUCGGCGUUGUUUAUUGUCGGCCGUCACAAAUAUCAAUCUUUCGGAAGCGUUGCCACCAAAUCCGGAUGAUUGGCGAAUGGAAGACCACCACAUGAUGGACACAUUUCACGAAAGGGUUUAUCACGACCAGAAUCAUUCACCCGUCAUCUCUACUACACCCACAACUCCUUCACCCAAACCUAUGAUGGAUCCAAGCCGGCUGUCCGGAGAGGUGCCAGGUGUUCCUAUGCAAGUUCCCGAAAUGUUCAAAAAACUAAAUGAAUCUCAUUUGAUAUCGCCAAUGACGAAUAACAACGCUCCAGCAAACAAACUGCGUGUUAAAGUGAUAAAAGCCAAUCAUCUUGGAAGGGGUGCAGCAAAUAUCGAUGUCCACCAACCAUAUGUUGUGAUUGAAAUGGAUGAACCAGCACAGAAAUUCACAACGACAAAGGGAAUAAACGCGUGCCCUUAUUGGGAGGAAACAUACGACUUCGACUUGACUCCAGCGUCGGAAGAGAUUCUGUUCGAAGUCUAUGAUGCAGGGACGAAGGUCACGUCGGAUGACGACAAACACUUCCUCGGACUUGCCAUAGUGAACUUCGAAGAAAUUAGAAAAAGUGGCGAAAAUCUGCAUAAUUUAAAGUUGCAAGGAAGACCUUACAGAAAAGACGAUGUGGCUGGAGAACUUACUGUACAGUUUGAUUUCUACUACGAUCCUAAAACACUAACAGCUGGUAAAGUUGUUGAUUCGGUGAAAAUUCGACACAGCAAUGGAAGCGAAUUCCGCGAAACGGUCACAACGCAAAGAAGAGCAAUUUACGACCCUCAUGAUAACUACGAGAAUACCGAAAUAAUGCCGAGAAAAACCACAACAGUAGUUGUAAAAACAGUGGCGCAACAGUUGAAAGAAAAGCCCGCCAUUCAAUCUGUUCAUGGAUCGAUGGAAAAUGCUGUCGAUCCUCAUAUACAGCAAAUGCUCGACCAACAAUUUCAGAAUGACCCAACCAUGGAGCAACUCAGGGAGAACCUCCAAAGAGUUGUAGAUAGUACCCCUCCAGCAACGACAACUCGUGUCGUUGAAAGCGCAGCCCAUCCACGAUCAAUACCUUCUACGGAACCAUUAGACGAGAGGAGAGGUCGCGACCGCGAGAAGAAGCCGAUCCCACCGAAAAGAGAGCGAUCUUUUUUUGGCGAACUGCGAGAUCGGCUUAGUGGGCGUCGAAAAAGCCAAACACAGAGAUCACGAUCAAUGGAUGUCGAUGGGCCUGAGAUUGAGGAAGCAGUUAGCCUCCCGCCAAGUCGUGAUCCAAGUAGGACGAGAUAUGCAGCUUCAACGGGAGGCGAACGGUAUAAUGAAACUCAGUCCGUUGGAGGAAGGUCGGGUGAAUCUAGCAAGAGUUUAUACCAACACAGCACUCUGGUUCUUGAAUUAGAGCAUGAAAAACAAUUAAAGUAUUUCCUGAUUCCUCCUUCAAUGUUGAACGAGCCAGCAGCAGCAAAACUGAUGCGACGAGGCAAAAAGCUGCACAUCUACAACGAACACACUUUUGUGGCUGUAAAAAUCCGAGGCGGUGUAAAUUGCAACGUCUGCCAACAACGGAUAAAAUCCAGUUUCUCAAAGCAAGCAUAUCAAUGUCGAGAUUGCAAACUCGUAUGUCAUAAAUCCUGUCAUUACAAAACUGACGCAUUUUGCACCCAGAGCAAUGUUUCUAAACUUCAAAUAGCCAAAGACGUCGACUGGGCGCACUUUUUAAGUCAUUAUCAACUCGAGGAAUUCAUUUCGUUCGAUGGUGUCUGA